GUUUCUUCGACUAUUGGCUGGAUAUUUUUUUCUUCAUUGUGUUUCAUUCUGAUACCUGAAAAUGUCACUUCCAAACCAGGCCUGUGUGAAGAGUCAACUGGUCAAUCAAACAUCAUUCUGGACAUUGAAGAAAGUCGUGGUGAUGCAUUCGAUCAGCCAACCGUACCAGAAGAACUUCCGGUAGUUGGAAAUCCAUACAAUGAGACCACCUUGGAUCUUACAUUUCCCAACAGAAUUAAAAUAUUUACUUUGGAUGGUAAAAAAUUAAAAUUAAUAAAACCCCUGGAUAGAGACAAGGAAAAUUUAUCACAUCUUGUAUUUCAGCUUGCAUGUACAGUGAGGUCAACAAACAAAAGACGAAUCAUACCAGUGAUUGUCAGGGUGUCUGACAUAAAUGACAAUAGACCAAAGUUUAUCAACACACCGUAUGAAACAACAGUACCUGAGUUAACACCAGUUGGAUCAACAAUAUUCCAAAAUGUAGUUGCGGCUGAUGCUGAUGCUGGUGUCAAUGGACUUGUUGAGUAUUCAAUAGCACCUGGUGAUGGAUCACAAAUUGGUAACAGUAAUGGUGUUGGUAGAGAUAGAAUUACAACUGCUGAUGGAUAUGGCUAUUUUAGUAUUAAUUUACCACAUCAAGGACAGGUGACUGUUAAUCGUACACUUGAUUAUGAAAAAACUCAACGUUAUCUUGUUACAAUUUUGGCAUCUGAUCGAGCGAGAAAUGUGGCUGAAAGAUUUACAUCAACGACAACAUUAACAGUUAAUAUCAAAGACGAUGACGAUCAAGAUCCUUCAUUUAUUUAUAAAGGCUGUAUGCUACUUGAUGGAGCUUGUAUUAACACUGAAUAUUUCAGCAGUGUAUCCAGUGGUGUAUUAUCAGGAAUACUCAAUAUAUCCCCAGAGAAAAUUCAGGCAAUCGAUAUGGACAGUAUAAAUGCACCAAUUCAUUAUUCUUUUUUAAGUGGUAAUCCAGUAAAUUAUCAUGAAUUUUUUGAAAUUAAUCAUGACACUGGUGCAGUAAGACAAAUUAAAGCUGUUGAUACAACUGUUACUAAAAAAUUUGAUAUUAUUAUUAAGGCUGUUGAAGUAUCAGAAGCUAAAAGAUCAGCAACAGCGAAAUUGAGUAUAACUGUUAAACCAGUUGAUAGUAAUCCACCAGCAAUAACAGCUUCUUCAGUUGAAGGAUUUGUUGAUGAAAAUGCACCAACUGGUACUAAAGUCAUUGAUGCGAAUGGAAAUCCAAUAAAACUUUUAGUUUCUGAUGCAGACUUGAGUCCUGAAGAUCCAAAACCUAAUUAUAAUUUUGAAUUAACAACAAAAUUUUUUUCAAUUGAUCAAACUGGUAUAUUAAUUGUAAAUGAAGAAAAUUUAGAUCGUGAUCCACCAAGUCCAGGACGUUUUACAUUUCAAGUUGUUGCACGUGAAAAAGUUGGUCAUGCUGCAUCAUCACCAUUGUCAUUUGUUGUAACACUAAAUGAUGUUAAUGAUAAUGCACCACAAUUACCAAUGUUACCAGCAAUAACUGUUCAAGCUGGUGAAACAAGACGAGAAGUUGUUAAAGUUGAGGCUACAGAUAAUGAUGAAGGUGAAAAUGCUGAAAUAACUUAUAGCAUAUAUCAUGUAUCAAAUAAUGGACUGCAGAAAUUUAAGAUUGAUCCAGUAACUGGUGUUAUGGAAUCAAUUAGAAAAUUAAAUGCUGGUGAACAGUAUAGUAUAACUGUACAGGCAACUGACAAGGGUGGCAAGUAUUCACAUACAAUUGUUGAAGUUAAUGUUAUGCCUGGACCAAAUACACGAAGUCCCAUUUUCAAUCAACAAGUAUAUGAAGUACAAGUUAGUGAAGGAGCUUCAAUCAACUCAACUGUAGCUACAAUUACUGCAUUAGACCCUGAAAAUGAUCCAGUGUCAUAUGCGAUAGUUUCGGGUAAUGAUUUACGACAAUUUUCAAUUGGUGACAGAUCAGGAAUCAUAACUGUUAUAAGAAAAUUGGAUAGAGAAGAUUUGACGCGUUACGAACUGCUUAUAAAAGCAGAAGACAGUGGUGGUUUAUCAAGCUCAGCAACAGUCAACAUAAGAGUUACUGAUAUUAAUGACAAAAAUCCAGAAUUUGUUAGUCAACCAUAUGAAUUUGAUGUUAAAGAAGGUGAAGCAAGAAAACUUAUUGGUCAUGUACAUGCUGAAGAUGCUGAUGAGGGUAUCAAUGCUGAAGUAACAUAUUUUGCACCAGAUGAUAUACCUUUCACUGUUGAUCCAGAAACUGGUGAUGUUUUAACAAAAGUUGCUCUUGAUUAUGAACAAAAUCACGAAUACAAAUUUGUGGUUACUGCAAGAGAUGGUGCUCCUGAUCAACGCUUGGCAACAGCCACUGUUACGGUGAAAGUUAUCGAUGUUGAAGAUGAAGUACCGAUAUUUCAUCAGAGUAGUUACGAAGCCCAGGUCAAGGAAAAUGUUCCAGAUUACAUGGUUAUACAAGUUAUGGCUAAUGAUCCAGAUACAAAAAAACAAAUAACGUAUUUUAUAAAAGAAGGUGACAAUGAUUUAUUCAGUAUUGAUUCAAAAACUGGUGUAAUAAAAACAAAAAGAGGUCUUGAUUAUGAACGUGAAAAUCAGCAUAUAUUAAUUAUUGGUAUUAUUGAAAAUACAACUGGCUUGCCUGGUUCAACUACUCGUGUAAUAAUCAACGUUCAGGAUAUGAAUGAUAUUCCUCCAGUCUUUACAACAGUUCCACAACCCAUCACACUUGAUGAUAAUGUUCCAAUUGGAAUGACGGUGAUCAAUCUUGUUGCCCAAGAUUCUGAUGGCACUUCACCGGGUAAUCAGAUUCGAUAUGAAAUAAUUGGUCGAGGAAUUGCAAGUAAAUAUUUUGUUAUUGACUCUGACACUGGAACUCUUUCAAUUCGUGAUGAUUUAAGAAAAGAAACAGAUUCUGAAUAUCAGGUCGAUGUAAGGGCUUAUGAUCUUGGUGAUCCUCAACUUUCUUCAGUGACAACAGUUCCAAUUUACGUACGUCACGUAGCAACAGUUUCACCAGAAGUUGGUCUAGGAUUUGCCGAGGAUUCUUAUAAUGUUGAUAUACCUGAAAAUGCACGUGAUAAUACACUCAUUAAAAUUCUGACCAUUAUAAAUUCACAUAUCCAUGAGUCAAAUUUUCUCAAGUGUGAAAUAUAUAGCGGUAAUGAAAAUAAUUUAUUUCAGUCAAGUAUAACUGAAGAAAAAAAUUGUGCAUUAAAAUUAAAAUAUGGAAAACUUGAUUAUGAAAAUACCGAAUCAUAUCAAAUUAAAAUUAAACUUGAAUCAUCAAUGGGAAUUUUAAAUUCCCAUCGAAAUACAACAAUGGUAAAAAUACAAGUGAUUGAUGUGAAUGACAAUAAGCCAGAAUUUAUAUUUCCGGAAGAUCCACUUGGUCUACGUAAAAAUCGUUAUUUUACAGCAAUUCCAACAGGUGCACAUUUUUCAUCGACUGUACUUCAAUUAAAAGCACAAGAUAAAGAUAAUGGAAAAUUUGGUAAAUUAGAAUAUAAAAUGUUAGAUGGUAGAGGAAAUCAAUAUUUAAAUUUAGAUGGAUCAUCAGGAAUCAUCAAGACAAUUAGUACAUUUGAUAAUGUUAAAAGUGACGAACUACCAUUUAAAUUUAAUGUACAAGUUAGAGAUAAUCCAAAUUCAACAACUAAUUAUAAUAUUGAUGAAGCAACAGUUAUUAUUAAUUUAAUAAAUGAAGAAAAUUUACUUGUUCUUGUUAUUCGUGAUGCAUCACCAGAUAUUGUACAAAAAGAUGCAUCAAAAAUAAUAAAUAUACUUGAAGAAAAAACAAAUCUUAUUGUUGCCAUUGAUAGAAUUGCUGUUAGAAAAACAGUUAAUAAAAAUAAUACAGUUGAAAGUCAUCCACAAGAUUCUGAUGUUUGGUUUUAUAUGAUUGAUCCAAAAACUGAACGAAUAUUGAGUCGAAAUACAACACGUCUACAAAGAGUAAUUUCUGACAAGACAACAAUGUCAUCUAUAAUAUUUGACGUAUCAACAGUUGUACGUGCAAAUGCAAUCGAUAUUCAUGCACCAGUGACAGCACCAGAACCAAUUCGAACACAAACUGCAGUUGCUGCAUUUAGUGGUGAAGUUUUUCCAUAUGCACUAAUUAUCAUUGCAUGUAUAAUAUUUGUACUGGGUAUUGCUGGUAUAAUUUACAUCUGUAUAUCGUGGUCAAGAUACAAAGCAUACAAAGAUAGAAUGCAAAGAUUGUAUGUUGUACCACGCUAUGAUCCAGUAUUUGUUGAAACAGAUUUAAAAGAAUAUGAAACACAAGUACUACGAAUGAGUGUACCAAAUGAUGACAAUGAUAGUUACAAUGAUUUACAAUUGGAUUUUAGUAAUAAAAAUCAUGCAUUUAGUCUUGACAAUGUUAGUUAUAUUACAAAAGAUCAUGGUGACAGCACUGGUCAACAAAGUCCAGUAAGUUCAGAAGCAGCAACAACCGUACGUGCAUCAAGUAUAACAGAUAAUCAUCAAGAUUUAAAUAUGCAAACACUUAGAAAAUCAACAACAUUAGGUAGAAAAAAAACAAAUAAUUUAAAUACAAUUAAUACAAUUGAUACUCCAGUGUUAAAUCCACUAUUCAAUCAUAAUGAACUGCUCAAUACAAGUCUAUCAAAUGACAAUGUUACAUUCAGAGAAAGAAAAGACUAUUCUCAUCUUGGUUUUACAUAUUUAGGUGAACAAAGCCCAGUGGAAACAACCACCGAGUUAUAAAUAUGAAUUUUUUUUAAAUUCAUCUUGAACUCUUAUAUUUUGUAAAAUCGAUUCUAAAUUGAAAAUUCAGUUUAUCGAUGUGGAAAAAAUAAAUAUAUGUAAAACCAGGAUUUAACAAUUUAUAAGAGGAUUUAAUGCAAAAAAUCAAAUACUCGAUAGGUAUUGUACAUUUUUUUUCUUCUUCUUUUCACUUUUUUGUUUUUUUUUUUCUUUAAUUCCAUGUAAAAGUAUAUUUUAUUUUUAAUAUAAUUAUUAUUAUUUUUAUGAUGCGAAAGAUGUGCCAAGUCAGCUACCAUCCAAUAGUUUAUUAAGUGUGAGAGAAAAGUGACUAAUUAUGUGCACUUAAUAGAUAAAUAUUAUUUUUUUUUUUUUCAAUUUUAUAAUAGUGUGUAAAACAGCAAUAUUAUUAAUUGUGAAUGUUAAUUUUAUUAUUAUUUUUAUUUUGUAUUAUACUUUCGAUUAUUAUUUUUUCUUAUUUAUAAUAAUUUGAGUUUUAAAUAUAACUCAAACAAUGAUUGUCGAGUGUUUGAGGUAAAAAAAAAAAAGCCACAUUGAUGAGUUCAAUUAUAUUUUUUUUUUUUAUACCUCGAUCAAUAAACCGACUGAUCAUAUCACAGUCAUAAUUAAUUAAAUUUGUCUUCUUGAAUGCUUGUCUUAUAAUAAUUUUAUAAUAAAUUUUUAAAUUCUAUCGACCAUGUAGAAUUUAAUUUGUUUUAUUUUUUUUUUAUUUUGUAUAAUUUUGUGUUCCUUGUAGAACAUGUGUAUGUAUGAAUUAAAAAAAAGGAAAAAAAAAAAAAAA